CGCACUUUACCACUUUUAUACGCUGCACGCAUCUACCUUACAAAACACAAGCAACAAAGAGUGUUCCACACAGAAAACACAAAGAAGAAUCACAUUCAUUCAUUCAUUCCAUGGCUUUUUUCUUCUUCCCUCAUCACACCUUCUUCAACUGUUUCAAUCUCAACACGCCACAGAAUUAACCUCAGAGAGAGGAGGAGAAGAAUAGAAAAACAAGCUUUUAUUUUUAGAGGGUGCCCAAGUUGUUCUUUUGUUUUGUUUUUUUCCUGCUGCAGCACUCUGUGUUUGUUCAGUGUUCCUCAGAGAUUUGUAUUGUCCCCAAAACAAAAAAAAUUCAGCCUUUUCAGCCCUUCCAGCCCGAAAUUUAUUGUUUUUUGUGCUUGUUCUUCAUUUGGGGUGGUUUAAAUUUGCUUAAUCUGUAAAAAAAAAUCUCUGGAUUUGUGGGAAAAAAAUCGUGCUUUCAAAUCAGUUAUUGUGGGGGAACAAAGGUGGUACCUUUUGAAAAACUGGAGUCUUUUGGGUGGUUGGUUUUGUGGUCACCAAUACUAUUGUUCUUCCCCCCCUUGGCAACUUUCUUAGAUGAAGGCCAUGCCCUUGCCUUUUGAGGAAUUUCAAGGGAAGGGAGUGUUGGAUUUCUCUUCUGCCUCAGAUUUAUUUUCAGUGCUUUUGCAUCAUCCACAACCAAAGUGGACCACAGACAAAGCGGACUAUUGCUAUGUGGGCAGCAGCACUGAGCCCACCUCAGUUCUUGACUCCAGAAGAAGCCCUAGCCCUCCCACUUCCUCCUCCACAAUGUCCUCUUCUCUUGGCAGCAGCAGCAACAACAGCACCAGCAAGGGUGGUGGUGGUAGUGGCACUUCAGCCAACACCACCACCAACCCAACACCACCCUCAGGCAACAACAACAACAACCCUCCUCAGGAAUCCAGCCCUGAGAAAUGUGGCAUCAGGAUGGAGGACUGGGAGGGUCAAGAUCAAUCCAUUCUGAGGCUCAUCAUGGGGGAUGUUGAAGACCCUUCUGCUGGAUUGAGCAAGCUCCUUCAAAGCACUGCCUGUGGCUCUCAAAGUGUUGAUUUCAAUGCUGGCUUUGGUGUUGUUGAUCAACAAGGGUUGAAUAUGAAUAUGAAUAUGGUGAGUAGUGGUAAUAUUGACCAAAAUUACCCUGCUGGUUUCCCUUUCAUUGCUGAGAAUAUUGAUGGCCAGAAUGCCAAGGCUGGUUCUGGGACUGGCCAGGUUUCAGAAUCUGUUGUUUUCUCUGGCAACAAUCCCCUCAUGGUGUCAACAUCUGUGUCCCCUGGUGUGUUCACUUCUCAGCAGCAGCAGGAGUUUGGAGUGGUGGAUGAGAAGCCUCAGGUUAUUAAUCCACAGUUUAUGUUGAACCAGAACCAAGUUCAGUUCUCAGAGAAUCCUUCUUUCUUUGUGCCAUUGAUGUACCCCCAGGUGCAGGUGCAGGAGCAACAGGUUUUCUCUCCUCCGCAUCAAUCGAAACGCCCUCUCUUUGACACGAUUGGUCACAAUUUUCAGGCUCCAAGGUUGCCCCUUUUGGAUUCAGGGCAAGAGGUGUUUGGUAGGAGGCAGCAAACACAGCUGCCAUUGUUUCCUCACCAUAUGCAACAACAACAACAACAACAAUCAAUGGGUUUGCCAUCUGCUAAACAGCAGAAGGUGAGUUCCACCGGAGACGAUGCAAGCCACCAGUUUCAACAGGCUAUAUUUGAUCAGUUGUACAAAACUGCUGAGCUCAUAGAAGCUGGUAAUCCGGUUCAUGCGCAAGGGAUAUUGGCGCGGCUCAAUCACCAGCUCUCCCCUAUAGGUAAGCCUUUUCAGAGGGCUGCUUUCUACAUGAAGGAGGCUUUGAUGUCACUGCUUCAUUCAAAUGCUCACAGUUUCAUGGCUUUUUCGCCAAUUAGUUUCAUAUUCAAAAUCGGAGCUUAUAAGUCCUUUUCUGAGAUAUCACCUGUACUUCAGUUUGCCAAUUUUACUUGCAACCAAGCCCUCAUUGAAGCUGUGGAAAGGUUUGACCGAAUUCAUGUUAUUGAUUUUGAUAUUGGGUUUGGAGUACAGUGGUCAUCUUUUAUGCAAGAGCUUGCCUUGAGAAGUAGUGGGGCACCUUCACUCAAGGUCACUGCCAUUGUGUCACCCUCCACUUGUGAUGAGGUUGAGCUCAAUUUCACUAGAGAGAAUUUGAUCCAAUACGCCAAGGACAUCAACGUGUCAUUCGAGUUAAAUGUUUUUAGUAUUGAAUCAUUGAACUCUGCUUCAUGUCCACUGCUUGGUCAAUUCUUUGAUAACGAGGCAAUUGCUGUGAAUAUGCCGGUUUCAAGCUUCACAAACUAUCCAGCGUUGUUCCCUUCUGUUCUUCAUUUUGUGAAGCAGCUCAGGCCAAAGGUCGUGGUCACUUUGGACAGAAUUUGUGAUCGAAUUGAUGUACCACUUCCCACCAAUGUAGUUCAUGUUCUCCAAUGUUAUUCGGCCUUGCUCGAAUCUCUGGAUGCGGUGAAUGUGAAUCUUGAUGCCCUCCAAAAGAUUGAGAGGCAUUUCAUCCAACCAGCCAUCAAGAAAAUUAUACUUGGCCACCACCAUUCUCAAGAAAAAUUACCCCCAUGGAGGAACCUCUUCAUACAAUCUGGAUUCUCUCCAUUCACAUUUAGCAACUUCACAGAAGCUCAAGCUGAGUGUCUAGUUCAGAGGGCACCUGUGAGGGGAUUUCAUGUGGAGAGAAAGCCUUCAUCACUUGUUCUAUGCUGGCAAAGGAAAGAACUCAUCUCAGUUUCUACUUGGAGAUGCUGAGGAGCAGCAGCAGAAGCUAAUUACCUUAUAUUUUUAAAGGUGCAUGGUAACUUACAUUGCAGUUUAUGUAAUUGUUUGUGUAAUUUUUAGGCUUAUUGAUGAGAUCCACACCCAAAUGUUUUCUUAACUACAUGGGUUGGAAUCUAUCAUUCUAUAGUUCUAUUACUAGUACGUCACUUUGAACAUGGGUAGUAAUUAUGCCUUUCCCCAUUCCCAUCAUCUAAGAUGAGUAACUGUUUCUUUGUUAUCUUCUAGACAAAGCAAACUGCUUAGUAAGAAAGGAACAAUUUAGCCAAGAAUGCAGCCUCUAUUUUCUUCUUCUUGGUUUAUUAUAUUCUUUCUUAAUUAAUGUAUGAUGACCUGAAUUUGGGAUACGUGAUUUUAA